AUGGGCACCAAGGGCGUGGACGGGCUGUCCCGCAGCCUGGACGGGAUGUCGACCUCCACGGGGCGGCAGACGACCGUGCUGUACGAGAAGCGGCUAAGGAAGGCGGCCGAGGAUGACGCUGUGCGGCUGUACAACCGCGUCAGGCAGUUGGAGCGGGAGGAGGCGCGGGCGCAGAAGCGCAUUGCGGAGACCAAGUCGCGCGCGAAGGAGAUAUUGCGGCAGCGGCAGCGGAACGAGCGGAAGUUGUUGGAGAAGGAGGUGCACCGGCGCGAGGUGGCGCUGGAGGUGGCGAAGCAGCGCGACGUGAACGCGCGGGCCAAGCUGGAGUCGCAGCAGGCCAAGGAGGAGAAGGAGGCGCGCGUGGUGGCGGAGCGGCAGGAGCUGGCGGCGAGCGUCAAGGCGGAGCGCGAGGAGCUGCUCGUGCUGCUGGAGAAGGAGCGGCUCAAGGCGCGGAAGGCGGCGGUCGAGCAGCGGCAGCGCAUCAAGCAGGAGCGCGAGAAGGCGGCGCGCGGGAUGGAGGAGCGCAAGCUCAAGGAGAUGGAGCAGACCGCGAGCGAGUACGAGCAGCGCCUCCUCGCGGAGAUCAAGGCGCGCGAGAACAAGGAGCGCGAGCUGGCCAAGAUGGCCGCGCUGGAGCUGGAGCUCAUCGAGCGCCUCAAGCGGAAGCAGCGCGAGCAGAAGGACGCGUACGCGCAGCUCGAGAGCGUGCUCGGCAUCUCCGAGGCCGCGCGGAAGUCGCGCCGCGCCAAGAGCGCUGCCGGCGGGUCGGCGCAGGGGUCGCCGCUGCCCAGCGCGGAGCCCUCGGAGCAGCAGGCCGCGCAGCCGGGGGGCGCCGCGCCGCCGGAGGAGCCCACGGACGAGAACAUCGCCGUCGCAUUCUCGCAGUACGACCCCGAGGGGUCGGGCUCCAUCCCCACCACCAGCCUCGACGCACUCAUGCGCGACCUGGGCGUGCCGCUCAACGCGCACCAGCUCUCGCAAGCCGUCGCGCAGCUCGAUCGCUCCAGCGCGGGGGAGAUAUCCUUCGGGGAGUUCCUGCUCUGGUGGCGCGGGUGA